AUGUUCACCGACAUACAAAAGACUCCAACAUCAGAUGAAAAUAUUCAGCAUAGAGUGGAAGUACUGAAAGAAAAUGUACGCAAAUACAAUAAUCCUUUUUACUUACGACCAUAUAACGUUCAAUCUUUGGCUGAACUCGGUGAAAAUAAAAGGUUAAAUUUCAACAAAACAUAUAGAAAUGAAACAUUGUUUAAAGUUCAUUCAGAACCUAACCAAUAUGGAAACAAACCUACUUUUGUUUCUGCAGACUAUGGAACUACAAUGAAGUGGGGUCAUAAAGCUAAUCCGGAUAGGUGGUUCAUAAACUUACAACCUCAAUUCCAAGAAGUUGUAGACGCAAUGGAAGUGAAUGGUGAACCAGAUAUAACGGGUAUUUUCAGCGCGGCUUUAAUGCCAUUGAAAGAUAUGAAAGAUGCAGAUAUUUUGGACCAGUAUGAAAUGAACAUGGCUGAGGGAAAUAUAACACCUGACGUUCUAGAACAUUUAUCUCAAAGAACUACACAGAACCAUAGAGAUGGUAUAUUUGGUGAAGAGUUUAGAAAGAAAGUUAGGGAGAGAGACGGAAGAGAACCUAUUGUACAUGACCUUGCAAACGAAAGUUUGCAAAAUGCCAUAAAAACUUACUUUGCAGACAAUGAAAUGAGAAGGGAUGAAUAUUUAAGAAAACUCAAAUGGACAGUACCAAAUGAAAUGUUAGUAUUGAAAAACAUGUUCCUUGACAAAAUAAAACCAACUACAGAAAUAAAUGACGCAAGACUGAAACGUUGGGUAAAAGCUUUCCCAUUCACAAAAGAUAUUAUUGGUUACAUGGAAAGAAAACCAGAAUGGCUACAAAAACAUAUAUUUGGAAACGAGCUUAUUCCAUAUGGACAAGCUCUGUUUGAAGAGCUUGAACCGGAAACUCAGGAAAGAGUCAUGCAAACAAUAAGCGACGACUCAAAUACAAACUAUGACAAAAUCUUUCUAGGAUAUAGGUUACCUGAGAUGGGCGACCAGAGCC